AGGGAGGGAGGGAGCAAGAGCCAGAGAAGCAAAGCUGCCACUCUGGUGUGAUCACAAGAAGAGCGGAGAAAAACAAACCUCAGCAGCUGGAAUCCUCUAUCGCCUCGGAUCCAGGGUCCUGCUGCAUCUCCAGCAUCCGAGACAGGUGUCAGCCGGCAUCAGCAAGUCCAAGGGGGAGGUCAUUUGAAUUCUCCCAGAAGAGGGAGACAACACACGCACACACAGCAGGGACAGAAAGAAGGAUUUCUGGAAUGAAUGGGACUCCUCCGCCGCAUGCACUGGAAUUAGCAGCACCCUGGGGAAGACUCCAAAAUAAGGGAGUCUGGAUGUGACCACAAACCCGGCGUCUUCUCCUUUCCACCGCCUUGAGGUGCACACGAUUUAGCUCCCCGGAGGACACCAAUUAGGGACAGCUCCAGACUCGGCGUGGUGACAGAAACAGACGACACCAACUCCGACACGGUGGAGGAGGGGUCUGGAGAGGACUGCUGGUCCGGGUGUCGGCGUGAGUGGCCGCGGCUGAGAGAGAUGGUCGGCUGCCGUGACGUGGAGCAGGUCCAGAAUGCAGUGUGGCCUUCCAAACUGUGCAUCAGCAGUGGUGCAGUGAUCCAGUUAUAACUGUGGGUAAUACCAAGCCAAAAAAACCAAUCCUGGAGAUGCCGAAGAGAAGAGAUAUUCUUGCCAUUGUGUUGAUCGUGUUCCCCUGGACUCUGCUCAUCACCGUCUGGCACCAAAGUGCAAUUGCUCCACUUCUCGCCAUCCGCAAGGCCUGUCACCACCUAGUAAAAGAGAUCUUUAUCAUGCCAGAGAGACUUGCUGUCCACCAUCACCGACUCUCAGAUGACGGCAUCGACGGCAAGAAGGACGCCGGCGGACAAGGGCAGGACUCCAAGGAAUACUGCGCCUCGGACAAAGACAUUGUGGAGGUGGUGAGGACGGAGUACGUCUACACCAGACCACCGCUGUGGUCAGACGUGCUGCCCACCAUCCACAUCAUCACUCCCACGUACAGUCGGCCGGUGCAGAAGGCGGAGCUGACGCGACUGGCCAACACCUUCCUGCAUGUGCCAAACCUGCACUGGAUCCUGGUGGAGGACUCGCAGAGGAGGACUCCUUUGGUGACGCGGCUCCUGCGGGAGACAGGGCUGAACUACACCCACCUCAACGUGGAGACGCCAAGGAACUAUAAGUUGAGGGGGGACACCCGAGACCCCAGGAUCCCCAGGGGGACCAUGCAGAGGAAUCUGGCGCUGAGGUGGCUGAGGGAGACCUUCAACGCCAACAGCAGUCAGACUGGAAUCGUGUACUUUGCCGAUGACGACAACACGUACAGCCUGGAGCUGUUCGAGGAGAUGAGGUCCACUCGGAAAGUUUCGGUGUGGCCUGUAGCCUUCGUGGGAGGACUGAGGUACGAGUCUCCCAAGGUCAACGCAGCUGGAAAGGUCUACGGCUGGAAGACGGUCUUCGACCCGCAUCGACCCUUUGCCAUCGACAUGGCCGGCUUCGCCAUCAACCUGAGGCUCAUCCUCUUCAAGCCGCAGGCGUAUUUCAAACUCCGCGGGGUGAAAGGGGGUUACCAGGAGAGCAGCUUGCUCCGCGAACUGGUCACACUCAAUGACUUGGAGCCCAAGGCAGCAAACUGCACCAAGAUCCUGGUUUGGCACACGAGAACGGAGAAGCCUGUCCUGGUCAACGAGGGGAAGAAGGGAUUCACAGACCCCAACGUGGAAAUCUGACCACCGCUGUGGUGCUCUGCCUCGGACCCUGGACGGAGGAAGACGAAGCAGCCAGCAGCGCUCGCCGUGGACGUGAGCCUCAGUCGGACCUUCUGACGGAGUCAAUCUUAAUGUAUCAUAUUAAAGCACAGCAUGACGGAGACGUGUCAGUGUGGACGGGAGCAGAGAGACAGCACAACCACAACACAGCCAGCAGACUCUGAACGGCUUCACUUGAACAAAGACUGAAGAGCCGGAGGGAGACAGGGGGGCGUGGCCUCGGUCAUCAGCAUGGAUGACCAAACAGCCACCAGGACUCACUUGUAGAUUUUGGCGAAGAAAGGAAUGUUCUUUUUGAUAACUAUGAAGUGUUUAUUUAACUGUUUCUGGGUGUUUUACGAGCACUUGACUUGCUAGUACUACUGACUCAUUCAUUGUCACCACACUUCACUUCCUCACUGGAGACUGACGGAGGAUUCCACGUGUGUAAAAUUGUGAUCCCACCAUCCAUCACUUGUCAAAGCCCAUGGAAGCCACGUGCACUGGGCCACCAGCGAAACAUAAGAGCGUGGCAUGGCUGUCUUUCGUCCGGGCCGCGAUCCGUAUGAUACCUACCAGACGCCGCUGGUCACUUUUGUGCAGCCGAGCAGAUAGAAGCGAGAUACAUCUCCCAAAUGUUGCACUAAAUCUCUUCCUAACAAAAUGCCAUCAAGGCGUCGCAUGAAAUAUGAAUUUGGAGACGAAAACACCAGCUGGUGCGAGUGAUAAAUAAUAGAUUGAAUUCAUGAAUGCACGGCGGAAAAUGUUUUGUUCUCCAUCAAACGGGCGGCCACCGCCGCUCGUGACCAGAUAUUGAAGCAGGCGGGUGAGAAAAAGCACAAAGAAUAAGUAUGUUUUGAUAAUGUCGCCAGUCACAACGUCGGGCCAAUUUAGCCUGCAGGGUUCGGAUUUGCUUCUGCGUCGCUUUUCUCACUGCUCAUCUUGAAGCCAUCAUGCCAUGAACGACGCAUCAGACCGCUCUCAUAAUGUGCUGCAACAGUUGGAUCGCUACUUCUACGAGAAUUUCUCAUUUUAGAUGUGCAAUCUUCAACAAACUUCAAAAAGGAAAGUCGUAUCACUAGUGAUGGGGCAGUGAGGCUUCAUGAAACAGUGUGCCCUCCUUUCAGGGAUCAGUAGGUGGCGCUGUUGGUUUAAAGAUAAGGUGAAGAUUCAUUGAAAUAGUUGUUCAUAUCCAUAGAUUUUAGAGUAGAGAAUUCCAUCUAGUGGGCUCUGUAAAUGGGGACACUGUUUCACGAAGCCUCACCAGCACAUCACGACUUAUCACGAGACCCAGACCUGUCCAGUCUUGAUAGUCUAUCUAACUCCAUCCUCAUGAACAAGACGCCUUGCUGAAGCCGAACCUUCCAUUUGGCUCAAACCUGAAGCCACCAGACACCCAGCUCCGCAGCAACUACACAAACACGAUAUAAUCUUCGCGCCAACAUCUCCAUCCUGUCUUGUCACUGUAUUCAUUCACCUUCUGCCACUUCCUCCCCUAAUGGGGUGUAUUAAUAUUUAUUAAGACAAAAGAGGGAAAUGUAUUUAUUUAUGUAUUUAUUUCAAAAUGAGAUCUAAACGUCUAACAGCAGCAUAUUAGCAAAUCUGUAUUCAAGAGUGUCACAAAUUUAAAAAAAAAAAAGCUAUUUUUUAUUUCACGUCUUCAAUAGUGAAGUGAUGAACUAUUCCAAGGGCUUCACCUUGAAGGUCGAUGAAGGAUCAAGCAAUACCGCGAGAGGCCACUAGAAGCUCGAAGGCACAAAAACCACACGCUCCCCUUCAGCGCCAUCUGCCAUGUCAAUCACAUUUUCUCUGCAUGUGACUCUUUGGGUGUUUAUUUGACACAGUGGAUGUGUUCUCCGAGAGCGAUGUUAGCAAGUGAAAUAAACAGCUGAGAAGAAGGAGCGAGUGCUGGCAAUUCUUCCGUCGCGUGAAGAUGCUGGGAAAAUCAGGAGAGAAUUCCAACUUAGAAAAGACACCGAAAGUAACUGACUUAAACUGGAACUCUCAAUUCCAUCAUGGCAGUCAAGAGACAGUAGGUGGCAGUAGCGGCCCAGACUCACCACCACAAAGUCACAACCAAGAGUCAAAUCCUUCAAAACAGAGGUGGUAAACUCACCACCUGUGGGCCAUUUGCGGCCCUAAGGAUGCAGUUCUGCGGCCCACCACUGGGUGAUCAUGGGUGUGGCUCCUACAGGACACUCCCACUUUUUCCAAUGUGAGAUGGUUUAACAGAGAAGGCCAUAGAGAACCUAAAAGCGUGAACAUGAUUCUGAUAAAUGAAAUUAAUAACCACUAAAUAAA